CCACAAUUCACAUCUAUGACUAUGUACGAAAGUAACGGCAUCAAUGGCCAUGAGGUAACAGUGGGUUCGAAGAUGAUGAAUGGGGCCACACUCAACGGACAGCAAACCAAUGGUGUGCACACGAACGGCACAAAUGGUACUUCGACCCACAGGGCCCAUGGUAGUCGCCAAACCCCCAUCGCCAUCUGUGGUAUGGCAUGUCGUCUCCCAGGGGGAUUGACGACGCCCGAUGAACUUUGGGAUUUCCUCCUCGCAAAGAAAGAUGGACGAUGCCGUGUCCCCGAAUCUCGCUACAACAUUGACUCAUAUUACUCAGAUACAAAAAAGCCAGGGACAGUCUCAACCGAGUAUGGAUAUUUCCUUGACCAGAGCGUCGACGUCGGAGCGCUGGAUACCUCCUUCUUUAGCAUGACGCGAACAGAGGUCGAGCGAGCCGACCCUCAGCAAAGACUCAUGCUGGAAGUCGCACGCGAGGCUUUCGAAGAUGCCGGUGUGACAAACUGGAGAGGCAAGACAAUUGGCACCUAUAUUGGUAAUUUCGGAGAGGACUGGCUGGAGAUGUUCGGGAAGGAGACCCAGCCUUGGGGAAUCCAUCGUAUCUCCGGCUCAGGAGACUUUGUUGUUGCUAAUCGGUUGUCAUAUGAGUUUGACCUACAAGGGCCAAGUAUGACAAUUCGUACAGCCUGUUCAUCCGCCCUAGUGGCUCUAAACGAGGCCUGUGCUGCGAUUAGCAGAGGUGACUGUGAAUCCGCUCUAGUGGGUGGUGUCAAUCUGAUCCUCGCACCCGGAAUGUCGAUGGCGAUGCAGGAACAAGGGGUUCUAUCUAGUGACGGCUCAUGCAAGACCUUCUCUGCUGACGCCAAUGGGUAUGCCCGUGGAGAGGCGGUUACAGCCAUAUUUAUUAAGCCAUUGGCCGAUGCCCUGAGAGAUGGCAACCCAGUUCGUGCGGUCGUGAGAGCAACAUCCCACAACGCGGACGGAAAGACUCCUACACUGUCCCAACCUAGCACGGACGCACAGGAGGCUCUAAUGAGGAGGGCAUAUGAUCUCGGAGGUAUUACUGACUACACGGAAACCGCCAUGGUUGAAUGCCACGGCACAGGUACGCCGACUGGGGACCCUAUCGAGGCGAGAGCGGUGGCGCGGGUCUUUGGGGACAAAGGCGUCUACAUAGGCUCCGUCAAGCCCAAUCUGGGGCACACAGAAGCUGCAUCCGGCCUUGUAUCACUAUUGAAGAUGGUGAAAGCACUCGAGCAUCGCACCAUCCCCCCUAACAUCAAAUUCACUAGCCCCAACCCGAAUAUUCCGUUCGUGGACAGUAAGCUCACCGUUCCUACCGAGGCACUGCCUUGGCCGAAAGAUAGACUUGAAAGGGUCAGUGUGAAUUCGUUUGGGAUUGGUGGUGCAAACGCCCAUGUCAUUCUAGAAUCUGCUGCCACCCAUAACGUUCCGGCUGCAGUUCACGAAACGCCGGAGACACCGCAACUUUUGUUGUUUACAGCCAACUCGUCGAAGUCAAUCACGAGGAUGAUCGACAACUACAAGGAAUGGGUGGAACGAAAUCCGGACAAGGUCAGUGAUCUGGCCUACACCUUGGCAAGGAGAAGGGAGCACUUGCCGUACCGCGCUUUUGCUAUUGUCAGUAAUGGUGUGGUUGAAAGCGUUUCACACCCUGUAAACUCCAAAUCUGCGAAGCCACCAAGCGUGGUUAUGGUCUUCACUGGUCAGGGUGCACAAUGGCCCCAGAUGGGACGGGAGCUGUUGCGGUCGAAUGAGGUAUUCAGAUCUAGCAUCCGAUCUCUCGAUCAACACCUGCAGACCAUUGCCGGGGAGAAGCCUCAAUACUCGAUCGAAGAGGAGCUCAAGAAGACAGCUAAAAAGAGCCGUCUGUCAUUGGCUGAGUUCUCUCAACCCCUUUGCACUGCUAUUCAGAUUGCACUAGUCGACACUCUCAAGUCCGCAGGGAUUCGCCCAGACGCAGUCGUGGGCCAUUCCAGUGGUGAGAUUGCUGCAGCAUACGCCGCCGGGGCGCUCACAGCUGGCGAGGCUAUAACAGCUGCCCAUCACCGCGGGGCAAUCACAAGCAGACAAAAGAGAGCAGGGACAAUGGCAGCUGUUGGAAUGAGUUGGGAACAAACCGAAAAGUACCUCGUCCCAAGUGUGACCAUUGCCUGUGAUAACUCACCCAAAAGUGUUACAAUCUCAGGUGACGUCGACGCUGUCAAAUCUGUUGUUGCUGCUAUUAAAGAGACACAACCGCAGAUACUGGCUAGACUGCUCCAGGUUGACAAAGCUUAUCAUUCGUUCCAUAUGAAAGAGAUCGGAGAGGAUUACCAAUCCUUGAUUGGCGAGGAAGUGGUCGGGAGAGACCCUUCGGUGCUCUUCUUCUCAAGUGUGUCGGGAAAUGUUCUUGGCCACGAGCACCCCAUCCAUUCGAAGUACUGGCGGGACAAUUUGGAAUCGCCGGUUCGGUUUCGCGAGGCCAUCACUGCCAUUUUGAAACAUGACGUAGGGAGGAAUGCAAUCUUCCUUGAGGUUGGGCCUCACGGUGCGCUCGCAGGUCCACUGAGACAAAUAUUCACUCAAGUUUCUUCUCCUGCUCCCUAUGUGUCUGUUAUGGCGCGCAACCAAGAUUGUAGCGCAUCUUUCUUAUCUGCCAUUGGAGCCCUACAUUCGCUCAAUGUUGACGUUGAUCUUCAGGCCCUCUUUCCCGCAGGUUCUUGUCUUUCAGAUCUUCCGCGAUACCCAUGGAAUCACGAGGGCAGUUACUGGUACGAAUCUCGUCUCAGUAAGGAAUGGCGCAGCCGCAGAUUCCCAUACCAUGAUCUUCUUGGUGCAAGGGUGGCUGAGAGCAGUGAUAGUGAACCUGUCUGGCGUAACAUGCUCCACGUUACAAACACACCGUGGAUUCGUGACCACAAGGUCGGCGACAAUAUUGUCUUCCCGUUCUGUGGCUACAUUGCCUUGGCAGGAGAGGCGGUCAGACAGUUGACAAAUGUUAAGGGGGGAUUCAGCGUCCGAAAUAUCAUUGUCAGCACUGCGCUGGUGCUCAGCGAGGGGAAGCCGACAGAGAUAAUGGCGACAUUCCGUCCACACCGAUUGACGAACUCCCUGAAUAGCGUAUGGUGGGAGUUUGCCGUGUCAGCGUAUAAUGGGCGCAAUUGGACAAGGCACUGUACAGGAGAGGCCUGCGCUCAGUCAUCGGCACCGGGAAAGGCUGAGGAUCCUGCUGCCUUGCCCCGGAAGCUCAAUACGAGAAAAUGGUAUGAAAAAAUGAGCAAAGGGGGCCUAAACCUGGGAGCAUCAUUCCAGACUCUUGAGACGAUGACGACCUCAACUUUAGAGCAACGGGCUGUUGGCAAUGUUGUUAAUGGAAGACAGGGGGAUGAAGCCAACUACCACAUCCACCCUACCGUCCUUGAUGCAACCCUCCAGAUUCUGGGUGCUGCAGCAGUCAAGGGCUACGGACGCAAAACCAAAACCUGGCUCCCGACCAGCAUCGAUAAAGUCACCGUCUAUGAGUGCCCCUCUGAUAUGAUUACUAGCGUUUCUGCUACGCUGUCGAGCAACUUUUCGGUCGUUGGAGAUGGCAUUUGUAUAUCUGAGGGCACGACAGUUGUUGAAGCCGCUGGUAUCCGGAUGUCCCUUGCGGAUGGUGCUGGUGUAGCGGACGUUUCAGACACACACGCCGCGUCGAGGUGUGAGUGGAGACCCGAUAUUGACUUCCUAGAUAUGCACGAGCUCUUUCGCGCACCAGUAAGCCGAAGGGACCACUUGCGUCUUCUAGGGGAGCUCGGGGACAUCUACUUGCUCCUGUCUCAGUGGAACCUUUCAGAAUUGGGAAACAAUCCAACUCUGCCACAUCUGCAGAAAUACAUGACUUGGAUCAGGUCUCAAUCCAGCUCGAUUCCGUUUAGAUUACCUUCAACUUGGACAGGCCUUGACAAUGAGGCUAUCUCGGCUCGGAUCGACAAUAUAAUGGGCCAGCUCGCAGAUAGCACAGCAGUCCCGGUUGCCAAUGCCAUCCGUGAAGUCUGCACACAGAUGGACUCCCUCUUGUCCGGCAAAGGCCUGGAUAGUGUCCUCCCCGAGGGAGCUCUAACGCACGUUCAUGAAUUUCUCGGACAGCUAGACCGAAGGGAAUUUAUUCAAAGGUUGAGCCAUUCCAAGCCAAACAUCAAAAUCCUUGAGAUUGGAGCUGGAAAUGGCGUGUCGUUGCACCGUGAUAUCCUCGCCGAAUUGACGCGAACCAACGGGGAGAUUCUGUGUGCCAAGUACACUUUGACCACCCCGGGCUACGUUGCGGCGACAACCCAAGAGAAGGCAUUCCCCAAUAUGGAAUUCGCUAGCCUGGACAUCAGCGAGGAUCCGUUCGAACAAGGAUUUGACGAAGUCGGGUACGAUCUCAUUAUAGCGGUCAACGCUCUCCGUGAAACGAAAAAUGUCCAGGCAAGCUUGACCAACCUGAGGAAGCUCCUACGUCCCGAUGGCAGAUUGCUACUGCAGGAACUUUGCCCGUCAUCCAGAUGGGUCCAGUAUGUGCUCGGCGUGCUACCGACAUGGUGGUCGGGCCCUGUCGAUAGGCCAAUUGAGACGGCAUACCUGCGCAAAGAAGAGUGGGAGACAGAGCUUUCUGCUGCCGGCUUUGGCGAUAUCGAGGCUGUGGCUCUGGAUUCAGAAGAGCCUCACCAAACUACCAUUACGAUGGUAGUAAGGCAGGUCCGUGAGACGCCAAUGAAGAAGGUUACAGUUCUUUCUGAGGAGGAAGGGCCUGCUGUCACACACAUCUUGACUCAGCUCGAGAAAGAGGGCUACCAGGUGACUAGAUGUAAAUUAGGGGAUGAGCCUCCAGCUGGACAAGAUGUGAUUGCGCUCCUGGACGUCGACCGGCCCUUUUUCCACGAGAUUGAUGAAGCACGCUUCCUCUCAUUCAAGGCCUUCCUCCUCGGCCUUCAAAGCCGCGACGCCGGCAUGCUCUGGGUGACUCAUCUCAUUGAUAUAGGAUGCCGUGAUCCACGAUAUGCACAAGUUCUCGGCCUCGCCAGAACUAUCCGUACAGAGCAGCUGGCCAAUUUGGCGACCUGUCAGGUCGACAGCUUCGACAAUCCGAAAUCCGUCGAGCAACUACUCCAGGUGUUUUCCAAGUUUCAGCUCCGGGAAGGCGACGAGGAGCUCAACCCCGACUUCGAAUGGGCCAUUUUCAAUGACCGAGUUCAAGUCGCACGCUUCCAUCCCUUCGUCUUGGCCGACGAGCUUUCCGUCUCGGAAGAUUCGAACGAGAUGGCCACACUGAAUGUGCGUACCCCUGGGCGGGUGAACAGUCUACAUUACGCGCGUCAUCAACGAAAGGAUCUCGACAACGACGAAGUGGAGGUCGAGGUGUACUCCGCCGGUCUGAACUUUCGGGAUAUUCUGGUCGCACUGGGCAUUGUUGAAUUGCCGGUCCGUCUCUUCGGAAUCGAAGCAGCAGGCAUCGUCACGCGUGUUGGGGCAGACGUCAGCCCCGACGACCUUCAAGUGGGCGAUCGGGUCGUUUGCUUUUGCCGGAAAGACGCCUUCUCCACAUAUACGACCACACUUGCUGCUGUUUGCGUGCGGAUUCCGGACAGCCUCACCUUUGACCAAGCGGGAACGAUGCUUAUACCGUAUUUUACUGCCAUUCACUCCAUGGUCAACGUCGGACGCGUCACAAAAGGCCAGUCCGUCCUGAUCCACAGUGCGUGUGGUGGAGUGGGCCUGGCAGCUAUCCAGGUGGCCCAGAUGCUGGAGGCCGAUGUGUAUGUCACGGUUGGCAGCGAAGAGAAGGUUAAGUAUUUGAUAGAGAACUACCACAUCCCGCCAAACAGAAUCUUCCACUCCCGUGACAACUCCUUUGUGGAUGGUGUGAUGCGAGAGACAGACGGCCGUGGAAUAGACUUCAUUCUCAACUCCCUCUCGGGCGAGCUGUUGCACGCGACGUGGAACUGCGUGGCUGAGUUUGGCACUCUACUGGAGAUCGGAAAACGCGAUCUGAUCGGCGAUGGUAAACUCGACAUGAAGCCAUUCCUGGCGAACCGCAACUAUUGUUGUGUCGACAUUGAUGGACUUUGGAAGAGAAUCCAUGUCGCAAGAGCAUUGAUUUUCUCCAUCUUGGACUUUUACAACAAAGGAUACAUUUCGCCACUCCCGACGAAAAUAUUUCCCGCAGGCCAGACGCAGGAUGCAUUCCGAUUUAUGGAGAAGGGUCAACACAUUGGUCGUGUCGGCGUUUCGUUCAAGCCAACCGAAGGGGAGACCCACCUGGGAUUGGAAACCACCAAGAGGACUUUAACGAUUGCUUUUAACGAGUCAGCCUCUUACCUCAUGGUUGGUGGCCUUGGCGGUAUUGGUCGAGCCGUAUCCACCUGGAUGGUCGAUCACGGUGCUCGUGAGCUCGUCUACCUCUCCCGUAGUGCUGGCCUCACGCCCAAAGACGAUGACUUUGUCGCCGAGCUUCACAGCAUGGGCUGCGCCGUCAAGCUUGUGAGUGGGGAUACCACGAAACUGGAGGACGUGAAGAAAGCCAUGGGUGCAGCGACCUAUCCCCUCAAAGGUAUUGUACAGAUGUCCAUGGUCGUCGCCAACGAGAACUUUACGAGGAUGAGCUUCGAUGAAUGGAUGGCGUCGACCGCACCCAAAGUUCAGGGAACCUGGAACCUCCACAAUGCUUCCAUGGAUGCGGGGAUCGAUCUAGAUUUCUUUGUGAUGUUUAGCUCGGUCUCCGGCAUCGUUGGACAAGCUGGCCAAGCUAAUUAUGCCAGUGGAAACAGCUUCCUCGAUGCGUUCGCCCAGUAUCGUAAUGACCUGGGCCUGGCGGCGUCCGUCGUUGACAUGGGGGCUGUGGAGGACGUUGGAUGGAUUUCUGAGCACCAAGGCAUGAUGGGGAAAAUGUCCAGGAGUGGUUUCAAACCUGUCCUGGAGCAGGAGGUCAUCGAUGCAAUGGCCAUAUCCAUGUUAGUCCAUAACAAACCAGGUCCAGCCGUCGACGAAGCCCUUGCGGUUGAUGCAAAGAACGCUUCUUAUUUCGUGCACAAGAAUACGUUCCUCGUUGGGCUUGCUUUGCUCAUUCCAUUGCAUGACCCCAGCAACUACGUGAUCUGGAAGAAAGACCGUCGCAUGGCCUCCUAUCACAACAAUUCUGCGGUUGUCACGACCACCGCAUCGACAGAUGUUCUGAAGUCAUACCUGAGCAACGCUAAAGCGGACCCUUCCAUUCUCCAGUCGCCAGAAGCCGCGAAGCUCUUUGCGGUCGAGAUUGGCAAGAGACUGUUCGAUCUGUUGCUGAAACCUCACGAGGAGCCUAAUACGAGCUCGCCAUUGCUGGACCUCGGUCUUGAUUCUUUGGUGGCUCUCGAAUUGCGUGCUUGGAUCAAACAGGUCUUCUCGUUCGACCUUCCCAUGCUGGAAAUGAUGAGCAUUGGCUCUCUUGACAUUCUGGGUCAAUAUGCGGCAAACGAAGUUUAUCGAAUCGCGAUAGAAAACAACGAGAGUUAAACCGUCGCUCGUGCGAAUUGCACUGGCAAAGUCUACGUUGCAGCAUGCUGCUACUUGCU